AUGCUUUGGGAUGUGGCUGCAUUCUUCUCUGGGCACAACGGCCUGGAUGAGAAAGUGGCUCUUUUGAGUCAAAAAGAUGAUUCCUGGCUGGAAGGACGACGUGGCUGCUGUGAUUGGAUCGAACUUUCAACUUCUUCAUGUCUUUUUGCUGUGGGGAGGAGUGGGACUGGGCUCCCCCUGGGCUGUCUGGAGGUGUUCUGCCAGCCCCACCCUACUGGGGACUCAUUCUUAGCAGUGAGGUGUCAAAAGGCCCAGCUGGCUGUCACUAUCCAACAGGACCUUUUCAGCACCGGGAAACUCAUCCUGCCCCAAGACAUCAACCUUGGUCCCUUGCUCUGCCGGCCACUGCUGGCCCUGGAGGAGAUCAGAUUCAACACUGGGCUCCACGAGGGUGGGAACAGACUACAGGUGACCCCGGAUGCCCUAGUCUACAGCACCUUCCUGCUCCAUGUCCCUCGGCCUGCUGCCAACCUGUCCUUCCUGAGGACCAGCCCUGUGUACAUGAUCCCCCUGGAGUGUCUCCAUCCCAGACAAGGCAAUGUCAGCGGCCGGGCCAUCCUGCCCACUUGUCCCUUCCACACCACUAUCUCUGCCUCUGAGAAGCUGGCCUUCAUACUGCUCUUGAUGGAUGAUGACUGGAGUGGUUUAGUCAUGACCUUCCAGCUGGGAGGUGAAGCCCACCUGGAGGUCCGUGUCCACCCGAGAAGCCACGUACCACUUCGGCUGUUCGUGGAUUCCUGUGUGGCCACACCACUACCGACCAGUGGGGCUCCCGUCCCACGCCAUUGUGGACUCCCAUGGCUGUCUUGUGGUCUUGUGGAUGGGCUGUCAGAUACCUCUUCUGCUUCCAACCCCAGACCUGGGCCUGCGAAGCUCUGUUUCAUUGAUGUGUUCUACUUUGCUAACGACUCCAGGAACACAGUGCAUAUCACCUGCCACCUGAAGGCAGUCCCCAGCACAAGGCCUGUUCCUUCAAUAAGGCUUCUGGAAUCUGGUCCUUUGAGAAUAUCUGCGACUGCUGCCCUGUGGGGAGGCUGCGGGGCCCAGUGUUUCCCGAAAACAUGA